AUGGAGCUGGGGGCUGCGCGGCGCGCCGUGCUCGCGGCCGUGCGGGGCACGCGCGCGUCCGACCUGCCCCGCCUGCUGCGCUGGAUGCGCCACUCCCAUGACUUUGAUGAGCUUGUGGUGAGUAACAAUGAUGUUGUGCUCAAAAAUAUUGCUGAAGAUUUGCGGAAUCGUUUACCCAUCGAGGCAAUGUUUACUUCAGAACAUCAAGCUGUUCAGAAAAUACACCAGCAUCCACUGCCCAUGAUUCAUGUUGAUGCAUUCCUUUAUGAUGAUGAUGUUGUUGAUUCAUUGUGUGAGGAAGGGAAAAUGAGUAGGAGCUACUGCACAGAGUGUGGCUCAUACAAAACUGCAUCUUUAGAGUUUAUUUCGCAUUCCUUUUCCCUCAUGGAACUGAAGUUUCUUUAUCAACAUGUACUGCCUGACCUGACAGGAAAGGUAGUGGUUGACGUUGGCUCCAGGCUUGGUGCAGUGCUAUUUGCGGGUUAUCUUUAUAGCUCAGCAUCCCAGCUGUAUGGAGUAGAAAUGAAUGCAGACUUUUGCCAGUUGCAAGAAAUUAUGAUUACAAAAUAUGAGUUCAUCGACAGAAUAAAGGUGGUUCAUGCAGACAUCUGUACUCAGGCUUCGCUUCUUCAGAAGGCUGAUGUUGUUGUAAUGAAUAAUGUCUUUGAAUAUUUUCUUGACAGACAGGAACAGGCCAGAGCUUGGGAAUUUAUUGCUUGUAAUGUAAGGAAAAGAGGAUCCUUACUAGUGACAGUUCCAAGUCUUCAAGAAUCGCUUUCAAAGCUCCAGACAGAUGUACAGCUCAGCCAAUGGGUCGAAGAGAUGCAGCUAAACUACGAUGUGUAUAUGGAAAAGGAUGUUGACAGAGAAGCACUUGAACAGAUACAUUUAUACAAGAUUCUCUAGUACCUGGAAAAAUUUACUAGUAUCCUUAUAAUAUCAGAUAUUUUGGGUCUAAAACAAAUUUGGAUUAAUUUGUGUGAAUAAAUAAGUCAAAAUUCAUAUUGUGAUUAAUCUGAUUUAUACAUAUGGUUUGUAAUGAAAAAGAGCUUUGGAAACAGGUUUUCUUAUGGAGGCGUUUUGUCUCAACAGAGUAUUUUGACUUUUAACUAGGAGAUAUGCUCAUGGUUUAAUUUUUGCAGAAAUGGUAGAAAGAGUGGCUACAUACUGAUACUAAAAGAAUUUUUCAUCACUAGCAUUGUGCACUGCCAAUGUUUGCUAAAUAUAUCAAACCUAAGAAUAGUGAACCAUUAUUAAUAUGAAUGAUAAGAAUGCAUUUAGCAUAAUGUUACUUAAAAGCAGUAGUGCGUGUUUGUUUUGGUAUAGACCAUUUAUUAUUAUCAAUAUUUACUGUCAGCAGUUUUUAGUGUUCCUCCUAUGGAAUUUGUAGGUUUUCUUUCCAGGAUCUGCUUGAUAACCAGAGUGUCUACUUGGCAUCUGUUAUGAGAGAAGCAAGUUCAUCCAUUUAGUUAGUUGUCCUUAAAGUGAGUAUUAAUAUAAAAGACACCAAGGAGCCAUUGAGAAUUAAUACAGCAAGUCUAGGACAAUGGAACUCUUUUCCACCUUCUGCACUUCUGCUGGGGAUGGUAGGAAGUGUAAUAAGGGGUUAAGAAGCUGAAAAUUCUGAACAGGUGUCACGGCUUAGCAGAGGCUUGGUGAUGGCGUAAAACAUUGGAAAUUCGUAACAGAGCCUCCUCAGAGAGAAAAGAUCCACAUACGCCCACCACAUUUAUAUUUAGAUUUUACGUUCUAAGGAUGUGAAGCUUUUAGUCAGCUGAAGAAUGUUUCGGGUUUUAGCAAACAUUAACGAUCCAAGUGCAAAAAUAUUAACUUCAGGAGUUUUGGACUAAGUGUGUUGUGAAUUUAGAAGCCCUGGUAAAAAGUUUGCUGCACAACUUCUGUCUAGUGUAACUGGGAAAACAUUAAAUUGGAUUUCAGUCUUCAAAUGAUUUACAGGUCAGUGACUUUAAUAAUAUAUGCUGUAAGCAAAAAGAUCAGUGCCCUUUGGGCACUCACUGACAUAGUAAGUAAAUGGCACUGUAGAAAGAAUAGUGAGUGUUAAGAAGUCUUAUUUUCAUGGUCUGUUUGGAGUGAAAGAGGAUGUUUAACUUGAGUGAUACUGAACCACUGCCCAAAUACUGUGUUGAAUCUAUUCUUCAUGCGUUUAAAAAUGAAAAAAAAUUGAAAGCUUUUCUUAAAA